AUGAGACUCAAUUCUGUUGCGUUAUUAUCGCUAGUAGCAACAGCACUUGCUGCUAAGGCACCUUUCAAAAUCGACUUUGAAGUGCGUCGUGGGGAGUCCAAAGAUGAUUUAUCCCCUGAAGAUGAUUCCAAUCCUCGAUUUGUUAAAAGGGAUGGUUCAUUGGACAUGACUUUAACCAACAAACAGACUUUUUAUAUGGCCACGUUGAAAAUUGGAUCUAAUGAAGACGAAAAUAGAGUGUUGGUAGAUACCGGGUCUUCAGAUUUGUGGGUUAUGUCCCACGAUUUAAAAUGUGUUAGUGCCCCAAAUUCUAAACGUAACGAACGAUCUUUCGGUCAUGGAACUGGUGUUAAACUAAAUGAAAGAGAAUUAAUGCAGAAGAGAAAGAAUUUAUAUCAACCAUCAAGAACCAUAGAAACCGACGAGGAAAAAGAAGCACUGGAGAAGAUUCACAACAAACUAUUUGGCUUUGGCAGUAUUUACUCCACAGUUUAUAUCACUGAAGGUCCAGGUGCAUACUCAACGUUCUCCCCAUUCGUAGGAACUGAGGGUGGUUCUGGUGGCAGUGGUGGUUCCAAUACCUGUACAUCCUAUGGUUCAUUCAAUACCGAAAACUCAGACACAUUUAAAAAAAACAACACUAAUGAUUUUGAAAUUCAAUAUGCUGAUGAUACCAGUGCCAUUGGUAUUUGGGGGUACGAUGAUGUUACCAUAAGCAACGUGACUGUCAAAGACCUUUCCUUUGCAAUUGCAAACGAAACAUCCUCUGAUGUUGGUGUUUUGGGUAUUGGUUUGCCUGGAUUAGAGGUCACUACACAAUACGGUUACACCUACCAGAACUUGCCUCUUAAAUUGAAAGCAGAUGGAAUUAUUGCAAAGUCCCUUUAUUCCUUAUAUCUCAAUACUGCCGAUGCUAAAGCCGGAUCUAUUUUAUUUGGUGCUAUUGAUCAUGCUAAAUAUCAAGGUGACUUGGUGACUGUUAAAAUGAUGAGAACGUAUUCACAAAUUAGCUACCCAGUGAGAAUACAAGUCCCAGUAUCUAAAAUUGACGUUGAAAGCAGCAGCGGCAGUACUACCAACAUUUUGUCAAGUACCACGGGUGUUGUUUUGGAUACCGGUUCAACUUUAUCGUAUGUUUUCAGCGACACUUUGCAGCUGUUGGGAAAAGCUUUAAAUGGUCAAUACUCGAAUUCAGUUGGCGCUUACGUAGUCAACUGUAACUUGGCCGACUCCAGCAGAACAGUCGACAUAGAAUUUGGUGGUAACAAAACCAUUAAAGUCCCAAUUUCUGAUUUGGUUUUGCAAGCUAGUAAAUCAACAUGUAUUUUGGGUGUUAUGCAACAAUCGUCAAGCUCGUCGUACAUGUUGUUUGGAGACAAUAUCUUGAGAAGUGCUUACAUUGUUUAUGAUCUUGACGACUAUGAAGUAAGUUUAGCUCAAGUGUCUUAUACCAACAAGGAAUCGAUUGAAGUCAUUGGUGCUAGUGGUAUCACUAACAGUUCGGGUUCAGGAACAACAUCUUCAUCUGGCACCUCUACCAGUACCAGCACACGUCAUUCAGCUGGAAGUAUAAUUUCAAAGCCUGUGUAUGGGUUGUUGCUUUCGCUUUUGAUAUCCUGUUAUGUUUUGGUUUAA